CCAAUGUAGAAUCUGGACUCGGCCAGCCUCUGCCGCUUGCGUGCUCAAAGGUUCGCCCCAGGUAUUAAUUUGGAGCAUUGCAUGAUGGCUGAAGGCCGAGAUUGAGGGAUGCACAACAGCACAACAGCACAACGGCUUCAACUUGCAAGUUUCAAAGCGCAGGGUGCACCUUGGGAUGGCGUAAAGUUGCAGCUUGCAAGAGGCAUUGCUUGGUCCUUUUGGAGCUCCUCUGGAUGUUAGGGGCAGCUAAGAACAAGGAGCUACAGAGAGCAGAAAAGCAGCAGGAGGGCUGAGUUACAUGCAGUGCCUAUAACGGUUGUACGCAACAUUCAGACCAAAACAGGCUGGACACGUUGCUGUAGGCAGGGGUUUGGUUCGGGGAACAAUCGUGAAUCAUUCUGGAGGAGGUCACAUUUUGCAUAGCGUGGGGAAGCAGAUAUAGGUUUAUUGUAUCGUCAAAGUUCUUCCAAUUUCCAUUCUUCACCCCACAAUUCAAGUACAGAGUCUGCUUUUCAACUAGUGCACAAGGGAUUCUUAAGCAGCAACCAAGUGCUACACAAGACGAAAGCUGCCGUAAAUACCUUCGCCAAACCGUUCUGGAACACUCAGGUUGCACAUUGCAAGCCAGGGCUGCACUCUAAAGCUCAAAGUCCAGGGGCAACCAAGUGAUUGGGAGGUGACAGCAUAGAAGCGCAUGAUGGACACUGACGGGCCUCCCAAGAGGGUGGUUCUGGCCCUGAGGGACACCAGUCAAGUCGAGAGUAGGGCGGCCCUUCAUUGGGCCCUCAAUACUUUGCCCGUACGCCCGGGCGUGGACUACGUGUUGCUCUUCCACGUGGUCAAGUGCAUGAGGAUCAUUUCUGAUGGAAGACUGGGCCUUCCCUACGCCGCAGCCGGCCCGCACCUGCGGUCGAGCAUCCGCCAGCUGGCGAUGGUGGAAGGCGCGCGGGAGAUGCACCACUACGUCCAAGUGUGCGCUCACAAAUAUGUGCUGGCAGACGUUCAGCUGAGCUUUGGAGACCGGCUGCCGUCGAUCGUACAAGCAGUAGAGGACUGCCAAGCGACGCACCUCAUCAUGGGCACACGCAAGACUCGGGGCCACCUGAAACAUCUCUGGAAGGGCACCCUCACCGACCGCGUCGCCAAGGCUGUCCGCUGUUCUGUGUUCCUGGUCAACCGACGGGCGCAGUUGGAGACGACGCACGUGUACAACGGAGAGAGGGGCCUCGUGGGCACGCACUUGGACGGGUCGAUGAUUGUGCCCCCAGAAGCGAGCCCAAGGUGCCGUCUCAUGAUCACAAGGUCGCGCGAUGGGCCCACGUGGCAGCACCCCGGCGAUGAGCUGUCCCCAGAAGCGAUCACCGCCCGGGAGGACGCCGCUGCAAGGAUCCAGUCCGAGGUGGACACCUGGAGGCGCAAGUGGGCGGCCACUCACAGUCUGCCACCUGGCAGCGCAGGGAGCAAAACUGGGGCGGUGGAUGGGUCUAGAGAGCAUGGCACAGACUGCGACAACGGGCAAACAGUUGAAGAGGAAACGCGUACAGCUGUUGCAAGCGAUGGAACAGCUGGCAGUGGUGGGCCGACAGCUGGCGGCGGUAGUUUGACAGCUGGCGAAGCACAAGACCCGGGUCGGGCGAUCCAGGCUGAGGGAUCACUGGGGGGCAGUCAGAGAUUUUGGGACGAUGGGCUGGAAAGCGACGUGGAGGACGAGGAAGGCGUGCCAUCGCUGUUCGUUUGCUGCAUCAGCCAGGACAUCAUGUCCGACCCGGUGAUUGCGGCGGAUGGCAACACCUACGAGCGAACCCAAAUUACGCAGUGGCUCAGGAGGAAAGCGACGUCACCUUUAACGAAUCUGCCACUGUCUGAUCGAGGCCUGAUUCCUAACAUUAGCCUCAAAGAGGCCAUCAAGCAGUGGACGGAACACCGGCAGAGGUGCUUGCCUAGGGCUGGGGGAUAAUGUUGCGCUUUGCACCUUGGUGGGAAGUGGUGUUGGUGCAAGUGUUUUGUAUGUGCUGAUCAGCACGCUUGUAAAUACCUAGUACAUUUGAGACCAAACGGCCUCACCUACGAUAGUUCCUAGGACGCCAACAGAGUGAGUUGCUGCCGGUUUUGCUCGUAAUGAGUAGAACGAGUGGGAUUGCGGUUUGCUUGUUGUCACAGCCCUACUGAGAAGUACCGCUGCCUGUUGAAUAAUCAUUGAGGCAACAAGUUAGUGCAUACAACGCUACAAGAUUUCAGUAGGUGUUUUUAGCUCGAUCAAUCCAGGGAUCAUGUCUCUUCACGGAAGACUACGCUGCCUAUAUUUGCUCCUUGUCAGACUGAGAAUUUGAGUAAUCAGGCGCUUACAGAAUUGUAUACUGUUCGAGUCCAUAUCGUCCAAUGCAGUGCAUUGGAUAUGUUUCCCUAGCUGUAAAUCUGCAGAUUUGCGAGACUCUUUCUUGGGCUGAGGUGUCACAGCGAC